AUGGCACCCAAAUUCGACGUGACUCCAGAGAAGCGCGCAUCUUUUUUGGCAUUUGUUAAACGUCAAUUAUUCAUCACUCCCCCCUUGCCGACACGCGACGAUGCAGAUCUAGCCGGCAAGACCGCCAUUGUCACUGGGGCCAACAGUGGCAUCGGCCUCGAAUGCUCUCGCCAGCUCCUCGAUCUCGGACUCAGCAGACUCAUUAUUGCCGUGCGCAGCAAAUCCAGAGGCGAAGCCGCCAAGAGGGAUCUGCUAGUAGGCAGAGAUGCCGAGAAGCAGCGCGUCGAGGUGUGGCUGCUCGAUCUCGAAAAAUACGAGUCCAUUACUGGUUUUGUGGAACGCGCCAAGGAGUUGGAUCGCCUGGACAUUGUCGUUAAUAAUGCUGGCAUGAUGAAGAAGUCCUUUGGCCUCGUGGAAAGCACCGGCCAUGAGUACUUGAUUCAGAUCAAUUAUCUAUCCAUGGUCUUGCUCACCAUCCUUCUGCUUCCAAUCAUCAAGGAAAAACAAACCCCUGCAGAGCCAGGCCGGGUGGUGCUGGUCAAUUCUGAUGCCGCUGCUCAGGCACAGUUUAAAGAGAGGAGCGCCCCCGACCUGCUCGAGGCAUUUGACCAAGAGAACAACUUUUCAGAUCAAGAGAGAUAUUGGACGUCGAAACUAUUGGGCCAAUUGUUUCUGACGGAGCUGGCGAAGCGCGUUCCGUCCAGUGUGGCCGUCGUGAACGCGCCGAAUCCCGGUCUGACGAGGUCCAAUCUGGGCGGCGACUACAAGGGUACCGUCGCCGGGUUUCUGGCAGAGCACAUUUUCUUGAGAAUAUUUGGUCGCACACCCGCGGUCGGGGCUCGAUCUGUCACGUGCGCGGCCGUCUUGUAUGGGCAAGAGUCACAUGGACAGUAUAUCGAGGACGGCAAGAUUCAACCAUUGGCGCCACUUAUCUACAAACCCGAGGGCGCCAAGAUAGCCGAGAGGCUAUGGCGCGAGACCAUGGAAGAUCUUGCGCCGUAUGGUGUAUCUGAGAUUGUGGACAAAUUGACUGGGGCAUGA